AGCGGCCGUGUGGAGGAGGGUGGGUGGGUGGUGGUGUCCGCCUUGCGUGCGUCUUGAGCGUGUGCGCGUUACACUGUUUGCUGCUGCUACAGCUGCUGCUGCCGCCGCUGCUGCUGCUGAUGAUGAUGAUGCUGAUGGUGGUGGUGGUGGCAGCGGUGGUUUCAGUGUUCAAUGCAGCUUCAUAGCCCAGCUGGUGGCGACGGUCGGAACGUUUUGAAUCGAAAAAGAUUGUCAAGCGCGUAUUUGUUGCCUGCAGAUUUCUGCGCUGCGUUUGAAAUAUUUUUCACAUUCGGCGGCGAGAGGCUGGAGAGAGCGAGAGAGAGGGGCGAGAGAAUAAAUCAUUCUUUAUUUUCUUCAACUCUCACCAAGAAGCUCGACUCGAGAUUGAAAGUACAGUGAUAACAAUUCGACUCAAACGUCUGUUAUGUGUGCGACUGCGACCGCGUUAAGGCUACGACAUCGCGCGAUUUUCUAUUCGCAACUUGCAACAGAAUUCAGCGUAGAAGAUCGGAAGCAAACGUUUUAGACGUUUCUUUUAAGUGUGGAUUUUUUUUAUUUUUGUACCAUUCGAUGCGACGGCCGUGAGUAAAUCUCAGGCCGCUGUUUUGCACAUCUGGCAAGAGAAGAUACGAGCGAGACAAACAGAGAGAGAGAGACAGACAGAGAGAGACACAGAGAGACGCGCGGUGGGGAUGAUUUUACGAGCGAGAUAACAUCGUAAGGGUGUCAACAACAUACAACAAGCAACCAACAACAGCAAGAGUACAAUCCGAUACAACGCAACUGGCUCUCGUGAUGUUGAUGCUUACGAUGACGAUGAUGAUGCUGAAGAAGGUGCAGCUGCAGAUUGACACUAAGAAAUGAUUUUGAGGAAUGCGUAAAUUACAUGCGUCGGACAGAUUGAGAGCGACGGCUGACCAGAACUCUAGUUUGUAAAGCAAACAAUCACCUUAUAUUAUCAUCAUUAAUUUUAAUUAACAAUUGCAAUGCUGCUGCAAUAUAGGGGUUGUUAACAGGCAACUACAAUCAAAGAGAGAAGGUUGAUACGUUGUAAAGAAAUGAGUAUUAUUGAUACCAAAUGGUAAAAAUUGUUGACACUAAAAAUUGCAACAGCUGGAAGAAUAUUUAUUUUCUGAGAGGAGACUGCAAACUCGACGGUUCGUGACCAUACCCAAAGCUGGGAAUAAAAAUAUUUGUUUUGGUAAAAAAUAUUUAAAGCAGACGACCAAUUUGACAGUUAACAACAUAACGAGGAUACUAUUAUUAUUCUUCAUCAACACGUUCUAUAAAGAAAACUAGAGUCUCUCUCUCGUGAUUAUAAUCUGUACGCGCAAUUAUAUUGCUCGUGGUAUUGGACCGAAGAUCUCAUCCGAUUUUACGCCGUCAUUAAAUUCCCGAUCGUUGAUUUUUCCCAACAUCAACACGACAACAUCAACAACCCCAACGCACGCGCGUCGCUAACAGCACUUGCCCCAACAGUCUGUCGAGGCUACACGAGUGAGGUGGGGGGGGAGGUCUUUGUCUUUGUUGCGGGGGGCAACCACCACCUUCUCCUCUGCCCGUGCUACCGCUGGACCGUCGCUGCUGAUAGCGCAAAAAAAAGUCGAAACUUCAAUUUACAACCGACCCCCCCCCCCCUUCUCGAGCAGCCACUAUCGACCGUGCUUAGCUCACCUCCUCAACUCACCCGCUCCACCGCCUCGCUCGCUCGCUCGCUCACCAACCAGCCCACUCGCCUGGUUUCUCUACCGUACAGCAUCGCCAUCAACAGCAACAGCAGCGGGACAACAGCGGGCAACAGCAGCCCCCCUUGGCGGUGCCGACAACUGAUGUACUCGCCCGCAGCCUGCUCGCUCCCGUCGCCGGUUCCAUCUCUUGCUCACCAAAACUACUCACCCACCCACCCGACUCGCUACCCUACCUACCCACCACCACCAUCGCCUGACGACUCGCCUAGAGCGCAGCCGCUCAGCUGGCCCCCGGCGACGGCUCAGCACUCCUCGAAGCGAUUUGUUGAGGGUGGUCCCGAGGGUAAAAUCCUCUUCCACUUGACCAGGGGGGCAAAUGUUCUUCGCCAACUGCGUGAAGACCUCAGCACCACCUCCACGAACGACAGCAGCAGGAUCAGCAGUGACAGCAACAGCAGCAACAGCAGCGAUAGCAGUGCCCGGCGAUCGAGGGAGGUGGACCCCCACAGCGCAAUGCACAAGUCCACCUUCUACGACUUCUCCUUCUACCAAGGUGGAGGAGGAGGUGGAGGUGGAGGAGGAGGAGGUGCGAACGGAUACGUGUACGAGCCGUCGGCCCAGACCUACGUCGGCGCGACCUCCCAGCACUCGGGGCCCGAGUACGGCCACUCGGCGUGCUCCCUGCAGCAGCAGCAGCAACAGCAGCAGCAGCAACAGCAGCAGCAGAGCUCCGGCUCGGCGGGCGCGGUGCCCGCCCUCCCCAAGGCCGGCGACCUCGGGGGCAGCUGCAUGCGGUCGAGCAACGGCGGGCAGGCCACGCUGCCCACCACGGGCUUGCCCGACAAGCAGGGUUGCGCUCCGACGCCGCUCUCCACGCCGCCGCCGUCGUCCGCCGCCCCCGCGGCUAACGGCGGAGGGACCGUGGGCAGCAACGGGAGCGGCGGCGGAGGCGGUGGUGGAGGCAGCGGCGGCGGUGGAGGUGGCGGUGGAGGGAAUGGAACGGGCGGACAGAAGGGGGUGGCAAGCAAGCCGUUUGCGGCGUCGAAUCUGGGCAACGCGCCGAGCCUCACCAAGCAGGUGUUCCCGUGGAUGAAGGAGUCGCGGCAGAACGCCAAGCAGAAGAAUAGCUCGCCCUUGCCAGGAGAGAACUCGUGCGGUGGCAGUGGCGGCGGAGACAAGAGUCCGCCGGGAGGUCCCCCGUCCAAGCGGGCGCGCACCGCAUACACGAGCGCCCAGCUGGUGGAGCUCGAGAAGGAGUUCCACUUCAACCGCUACCUCUGCCGGCCACGCCGCGUCGAGAUGGCCAACCUGCUGAACCUCACCGAGCGCCAGAUCAAGAUCUGGUUCCAGAACCGGCGCAUGAAGUACAAGAAGGACCAGAAGGCCAAGGGCAUCAUGGGCUCGCCGGGCGGCGGCCACUCGCCGAGCCGGAGCCCCCAGCUGAGCGGGGUCGCCGGAGGGUUGCCCGGCGGCUACGGCAACCCCCUGCACGGUUUGGGCAACGGCGGCCUCAUGGGCGGCGGCGGCGGCGUGGUCGGAGGAGGCGGCGGAGGCAUCGGCAUCGGCUACGACGUCAGCUCGCCCACGUCGUUCCCCAAGUCGCACCACAGCGCGUACGGCAUCCACACGGGCGCGUACGGAGCGGCGCUCACAAACUGCCCGCCGACCCCCAAGCGCUACGGCGGGGCGCCCAUGGUGCCCGACUACGGCUCGCACCCCUUGCAGGGCGCCGACGGCUUCUGCGGCGGCGGCGGAGGCGGCGGAGGCGGUGGAGGCGGCCUGCAGCAGGCGGGGAGCCCCGUGUACGUGCAGGGAGGCGGAGGGGGCGGAGGUGGCGGCGGCUUCGUGGAAUCGGCCGGACCGGCGAUGUUUAAUCUCUCUCACCUCCCGCCGCCGGGGCAUCACCACUCGUCGCCCGUCACUCUGGAUUUUAACGGACAGAUAAGCGGCGGGCACCAUCCGCACGCGGCCUGUAACCAGCAUCCGACUUACACCGACUUGUCGACGCACCACCCUCCACCACCGGGCCUCCAGGAUGUGCCCAAACUGACGCACCUGUAGCGGCGGGGGGAUGGAGGAGGACGCGGAGAAGGUGUGCCCGAUGAGACUCAGUGGUUUGGAGUUUGACUCCAGGGUUGUUGUUGUUGUCGUUGUUGUUGUCGUCGUCGUCGUUAUUGUCGUUUGAUGUUGUUGUUGAUGUUGCUGUGGGGGUAGGGGUGGGUGUAGGAUGGGGGUGUAGGUUAGGUUGGAUGAGUGGUGGUGGUUGUGGUGGUCGUGGUGGUGUUGGUGGACAAGUGAGACAGUGGUGGUGGUGGUGAUUCACCUGUGAUAUGUAAACAGUGGAGAGUGCGUGUGUGUGUGUGACAGGGAGAGUGUAUGAGAGUGUGUGUGACAGGGAGAGUGUAU